AUGUAACCAUAAGCCAAAUAGUCAGCGAAAGAGGAUGAAUAAUGUCAGGUGGAGGAUCAUAUACUGAAAAAGUUUGAAUUGCUUGAAUUUAAGGGGAAAGGAGCAUAUGGAGUAGUGUGGAAGGCAGUUGAUCGUAAAACAAAAUAGAUUGUGGCACUAAAGAAAGUAAUGUAGUUUAUUUGAUUUAGAUUUUUGAUGCUUUCCAUAAUGCUACUGAUUCAUAGAGAACAUUUAGGGAAGUGAUAUUUUUGGAGUAACUCAACAAUCAUGAAAAUAUAAUUAAAUUAACAUCAGUCAUAAAGGCAGAGAACAAUAAAGAUUUGUAUAUGGUAUUUGAUUACAUGGAGACAGAUUUACAUAAGGUAUGUAUGUAUGAUUAAGAAAUAGGUGAUACGUGCAAAUAUUCUUGAACCUAUUCAUAAAAAAUACAUCGUUUAUCAAGUGUUGAAAGGUUUAAAAUAUCUUCAUACUGGAGAAGUGAUACAUCGAGAUUUGAAGCCUUCUAAUUUACUAAUCAAUUCAGAAUGUAAAGUGAAAGUAGCAGAUUUUGGAUUGGCAAGGAGUGUAGCAAAACCAGAUGACAACACAAAUCCAAUAUUAACUGAAUAUGUAGCAACUAGAUGGUAUAGAGCACCUGAAAUAUUAUUGGGAUCUCAGUAUUAUUCCAAAGCAGUUGAUAUGUGGAGUUUAGGAUGUAUAGUGGGAGAGAUGAUAGUUGGUAAAGCAAUAUUCCCUGGAACAUCUACUUUGAAUUAGAUUGAAAGAAUUAUAGAACUUUGUGGUCGACCAAAACCUGAGGAUUUAGAAGCAAUACAAGCUCCAUUAGCAGAAUAGGUUUUAUAGAGUCUCAAUACAUAAAAGAAAAAGAGUUUUGCAUAAUAUUUUUCUGCUGCUCCAGAAGAUGCUAUUGAUUUUCUAAGGUAAAUUUUAAUAUAUUUAUGAAUCUCAAAGAAAAACAUUGGUUUACAAUCCAACUAAAAGAAUGACUGUAGAAUAAGCAUUAGAACAUCGUUAUAUUAAGGAAUUUAAAAAUACAGAAGAAGAAUCUAAGAGAGGUAUUAUUAAUAUAUAGUAAACAAUAUAGAUUCUCCUCUUGAAACAUUGAUGAAUGAUAAUCAUAAAUAUUCAAUAAAGGAAUAUUAGAAUGCUUUAUAUAAUCGUAUAGUUUAAAAGAAGAGGAUUGAACAUAAAUCAUUAAUCAUUAGAAAUCCAAAUAAUGGGAGUGUUAAUUUGAGUGUUGAUAAAUCUACAUCUCCUACUAAAAAGGAAUCCUCUAUAAUAAAGAAAGAUCCAGAAACAUCUAAUAUUGAUAAUGAAUUUUAACAUCCUGGUCGUGCUCUUCAUUAGAAAUCAUAAUCCUACUCUUAAGGUUAAUAUUUGUAGAGAAAAACUACUUCAUAAGAAGAUAUUUAGUUUUAGGUCUCGACACAUCAAAGUCCUACUUAUAAGAAAUAAUAAUAGAUGUUUCCUAUGGUGGAUUCUAAUAGUCCUAUUAAUAAAGGUAGUAGAAAAUCUUCUUUGGAUAAAAAAUUAUAGAGUACUUUGACUGCUGCCAUGUAAGCUACUCUGUCUCAAUAAUAAUUCUCAAGAAAAGGAUCACAAGGUUCGAUUUCUAAAACUAAUGUUUUCAAUAAAUCCACGAUUAAUACACAAUAUAACUCUUUGUUUCAGAAAAAGAAAUGA